AUCAGUCCGCGCGGCGGCCGCUCCCGCAGCCGCGGCUGCCGCCACCGCCUGGAGCUCCAUGGGCCUCUCCUGCGCGCCGCCCGAUGUGAGGCCGAGUCCGGCAAGCCGCGGCGCCCGGUACCCGAGCCAUCGCGGACGCUGGAGGCUGGGCCCCGGGGUAGGGGCAGCAGCAGGCGGCGCGGGACUGCGAGCUGCCUUCAGGUUGACGAUGCCAGUAUGGACAGAAUAGCUUAUGAUGCUCAUCCCCACUCAUCACUUCCGAGACAUUGAGCGGAAACCAGAGUACCUCCAGCCGGAGAAGUGCGCCCCACCUCCCUUCCCUGGCCCUGCGGGAACCAUGUGGUUUAUUCGUGACGGCUGUGGCAUCGCCUGUGCCAUUGUCACCUGGUUUCUGGUCCUCUACGCGGAGUUCGUGGUCCUCUUCGUCAUGCUGAUUCCAUCCCGAGACUACGUGUACAGCGUCAUCAACGGGAUUGUGUUCAACCUGCUGGCCUUCUUGGCCCUGGCCUCACACUGCCGGGCCAUGCUGACGGACCCCGGGGCAGUGCCCAAAGGAAAUGCCACUAAAGAGUUCAUCGAGAGCCUUCAGCUGAAGCCUGGGCAGGUGGUGUACAAGUGUCCCAAGUGCUGCAGCAUCAAGCCCGACCGAGCCCACCACUGCAGUGUUUGUAAACGGUGCAUUCGCAAGAUGGACCACCACUGUCCUUGGGUCAACAACUGUGUCGGCGAGAACAACCAGAAGUACUUCGUCCUGUUUACAAUGUACAUAGCUCUCAUUUCCUUGCACGCCCUCAUCAUGGUGGGAUUCCACUUCCUGCAUUGCUUUGAAGAAGACUGGACAAAGUGCAGCUCUUUCUCGCCGCCCACCACGGUCAUCCUGCUCAUCCUGCUGUGCUUUGAGGCGCUGCUGUUCCUCAUCUUCACAUCGGUGAUGUUUGGGACCCAAGUGCACUCCAUCUGCACAGAUGAGACGGGAAUAGAACAAUUGAAAAAGGAAGAGAGAAGAUGGGCUAAAAAAACAAAGUGGAUGAACAUGAAAGCUGUUUUUGGCCACCCUUUCUCUCUAGGCUGGGCCAGCCCCUUUGCCACACCAGACCAAGGGAAGGCAGACCCAUACCAGUAUGUGGUCUGAAGGACCCCGACCAGCAUUGCCACUCAGACCACAUCAUGGCACCGUCCCAUCAGCUCUCGUGAAUGUUUAGGCCAAAAGCAAAAACAAAGUGACUACUCUUAAAACUUUUUUAUGUCUCCAGAAAAAUGGCUGAGCAUUGCAGAGAAAAAAAAAAAGUUCCCAUGUUUUAUUUUUUAAAAAGAAAAAAAAAUCAUCUUUUCAAUUUUUUGACGAGUGAAGCUGCUCUUCUUCCUUUUAAAAUCACUUCUCUGGCCUCUGUCUCCUCUCUGCUGUCUGUCGGCAUGACUAACGUGGAGGGUGCUGCCCAGGCCCUGCCCCUUCUACUAAUUGAGUGCCCCCGAUACUGUACAUGGAUGAACUGGCCCAGUAGGAAAGCCGAGAGGGCCCUGACCCCCUCCUGCCCACAAGGCAGCACUGGCACCCGCAGGACUCAGAGCGGCAUUGAAGACGAUGCUAACCCUUUGAGGCCUAAGAAAGGCAAGAUUGGCACUGGAGCCUGCAGAUGUGCCCUUGGUGCAGUGGCUUCCUGCCCAAGUGAACAGGGUUUGCCUCAGUCUCAGAAUCAGUUGUCAGCCUUGUACCUGAUGGUCAUGGAUGUACAAAAUGAUUUGGGUGACGUGGGAGAGGUCAUAAGGGGGGAGGAGGAGGGGCCUUUGAAUCCUGAAUCAGCAACUGGCUUUUUGGAAGACUAUGAAGGAGAGAUGUUUUCCAGGUCAAAAAAAUGCCUUAUACAUUCACAAGAGGAAAAACACAUUUUCAGGCAAGCUACGUUUCCUUGUGUUUUACAACUACUUCCUACCCCAGUUCCCACCCUUUCCCAGCAAAGAUGUCAAUCAAGCUGUGUUCAUUCGGAGUGAAACAGGCAGGCCAGCUAUCAGGAUCAUCUCAUUCAUACGUCUGUCACAAACACAUGUUUUUCUGGAGUUUAAAGCCCUCCAAAUGUGCACAGACCUGUGUCUUACGUUCAGCCUGAGAGGUGGUUUGUAGAUAUUAGGCAGCGUUCUUAAGAGUCACCAGGUAGCCUCAGCCCACCACACGGACUGGCCCUCCCAUCAGGAGGCACAUCCUGUGCUGAGUCACUGGAAAGAGUGGUCCUGAGGUGGGGAAGCACCAGGGAUGUAGGAGGUGCCGAGAGGAGGCCAUUCUUGCACACUCCCCCAUUUAGAUUCUGAGCACCGUGAAGUCCUCCACACCAUUGGGUUUUAAAGCAGUCACCACACAAGUCCCUUUUAGCUUUUGCUUGGGGUGGGGGUGGGGAUAAGGUUUUUCAUUCCAGUCCUGGAUAGGAAGAAAGUUAAUGUAGCCCUGAGAUUUUUCAGAAGUCAGUGGGACAUGCUGCCUCCUCCCAACUCUGUCAGUGCUUCCACACGGAAACAAUGCAAUAAACCUUUUCCAAACCUC